CUCAUACUCUCGUUGACACAGUCCAUUUUCUUUAUAACUCAAUCCUUUUGCUUUGAAUGAUCAUUGUCUGAAUCCAAAGCUUAAAAAAGAUCGAGGAAGAUCCGGUUAAGUGUUAAUCGGGUGCAUUUGAUUGUUCUCUCUUUAUAAUUUCUAUUUUGAAGAGGUAAACCUUUAGAUCGAAGGAUCGAAGUUUUGUUUUUAAUUUGAUUAAAUAAUUGAAGGAAAGCGAGGGGGGGAGAGUGUUGGGAGAUGAACGGAAUGGGGAGACAGAGGCAGAGAUCUGAUGCGGCAGGAGUUCAAGUGCACCAUCAGAGACAACACUCAGAUAACUUCUUGGAAACGACGUCGAAUGGGAGAUGGCUUCAGUCUGCUGGUCUUCAGCAUCUUCACUCUUCCAACAACUCUGUUCCUCCUCUUCAGGAUUAUGCGUUUUAUGGUGGAGGAGGAGGAUCUCAAGGAUCUAGAAUGUAUAGGAAUGUACAGAGGGGUUCUAAUACGGGGAACGACUAUUUCACGGAGCCUACAACUCCUCCAGUUAGUUCGCGUCCGCCAAGCCAGAGGAGGAAUGGUGAAGACUCGCCGGGAGAGUUCAGUCCCGGUCUCUUAGAUCUGCAUUCUUUUGAUACUGAGCUUCUGCCUGAGAUGCAGAUUCCUAACCUGUAUGAUGCUCCUCUUUAUAAUCAUGUUCGAGGUAGAAGUCUUGAUGACUCUGAACCCUAUAUUUCAAACAACAAACAAACAGGCAAAGCUCGUGGUGUGCCAGAGAAUAGCCUCCUUAAAAGCUUUGCUGCAGACAGAGAGAAGGUCAAUUCAGUUGCAAAGAUCAAAGUUGUGGUGCGGAAAAGACCUCUGAAUAAAAAGGAGUUAGCAAAGAAUGAAGAAGAUAUUAUAGAGACACUUUCCAAUUCCCUAGUAGUCCAUGAAACUAAACUUAAGGUUGACCUUACAGAAUAUGUGGAGAAGCAUGAAUUUGUUUUUGAUGCAGUGCUGAAUGAGGAGGUCUCAAAUGAUGAGGUCUAUCGUGAGACUGUGGAGCCCAUAGUUCCUAUAAUUUUUCAGCGCACUAAAGCGACUUGUUUUGCAUAUGGUCAAACAGGAAGCGGAAAAACCUUUACUAUGAAGCCACUUCCUCUUAAAGCUUCUCGGGAUAUCUUGAGGUUGAUGCACCAUACUUACAGGAACCAAGGGUUUCAGUUGUUUGUGAGCUUCUUUGAGAUAUAUGGAGGAAAAUUAUUUGAUCUCCUCAGUGAUAGAAAAAAACUCUUUAUGCGAGAGGAUGGUAAGCAGCAAGUUUGUAUUGUGGGUCUGCAAGAGUACAGGGCAUCAGAUGUGGAGACUAUUAAGGACCUUAUUGAGAAAGGAAAUGCCACAAGAAGCACUGGUACUACAGGUGCAAAUGAGGAAUCUUCCCGUUCUCAUGCCAUACUUCAACUUGCUAUCAAGCGAUCUGUUGAUGGAAAUGAAUCGAAGCCUGCCCGUGUUGUUGGCAAGCUCUCCUUUAUAGAUCUGGCCGGAAGUGAACGAGGUGCUGAUACUACGGAUAAUGAUAAACAGACAAGAAUGGAAGGUGCAGAGAUCAACAAGAGCUUACUUGCAUUGAAAGAGUGCAUAAGAGCUCUUGACAAUGACCAGGGCCACAUUCCUUUCAGAGGCAGCAAACUGACGGAGGUUCUAAGGGACUCGUUUAUGGGAAAUUCCCGUACUGUUAUGAUAUCUUGCAUUUCACCAAGCUCAGGGUCAUGUGAACACACUCUGAACACCUUAAGAUAUGCUGAUAGGGUGAAGAGCCUUUCAAAAGGGGGAAAUCCUAAGAAGGAUGCAUUAUCUUCAAGCUUAAACCUGAAAGAGUCAACUGCGCGGCCAUUAUCUUCUGUUUUACCAACUGCAUUGACCUCGGAGGAUUAUAUUAAUGAUACAUGGCCUGACCAAAAUGAAAGAGAUGAUUUUGCUGCGUCAGAAGAUUCCUAUGAGCCAGAGAAACUGAUGUGGAAGAAAAAUGGAAAGCCGGACCAAUACAAUUUCUCAAUUUCAGAGGACAAGUUACGGAAACCUAAUGGUGAGACAAGAUGGAAGGAACCACUAAGAUCUGAUUUCAAGCAUUCAAAAUCAGAUGAUGAUUUGAAUGCUCUCCUUCAGGAAGAGGAGGAUCUUGUAAAUGCUCACAGGGAACAAGUGGAGCAGACCAUGAAUAUUGUCAAAGAGGAGAUGAACCUGCUGGUUGAAGCAGACCAACCUGGGAACCAUAUUGAUGAUUAUAUAUCGAGACUGAAUGCCAUUCUUUCUCAGAAAGCUGUCGGCAUUACACAGUUACAAACUCGUUUAUCUCGAUUCCAGAAGCGCUUAAAGGAGCAUAAUGUUUUAGUAUCUUCUUCGGGGUAUUGAUUAUUUGUAGCUGUGUGCUGGAUGAUUUUCCGGUUGUCAUGUAAUCUUCGUAGCUCGGAGAUAGAAAAAAACGAAAGGUUAUAGAUACUUAGGGAUUCCAACUCUAAAUCCAUUGAAUAUCGUAUUAUUAAAAAUGACUACAUGAAUCACAAGCGAGUUAAAUUCCAAGGCUCUCUUCUUUCUUUCGCAAA